AGUUUGGGCCUGUGUAGACAGUGAUGGUGAGGGACUGAGCUUUUCCCUGUGACCGUUAGGUAAUUUUAGGAAAUGAAAUUGAUCAUUUUCUGAAGUUUCUGGAGAGGGACCUACAAAAUACUGACUUCUGUCUGUCUCAUUUCAUAGGUUUAGCAUUGAUCUUUGAAUGAAAAAUAUAUCUUUCUAACUAAAUGCUGAUGAAACUGGUCUUUUGUUUUUAUGAGUAUCCGUUUAGUGCAAAGCAACAAAAGUAUCACUCCCAUUUUUGGCUCUUAUGUUAGCUAAAGGGCAUAAUCACAUUUUCUUCUUUGAAGUAGCCAUUCACUUACUUAUUGAGGAGAAAGCAAGGACUUAUUUUUUAAAAUGAGCUUUCUUCAGCACUGGUACAGUUGGACAUGAUUUUUCACCUGGCCUCAGGAACACUAUUUGUAGGACAAAGCGGUUCUUUAAGUGAUAUGCUCAGCAUCAGAACAAUUCCUGUCCUGAAAGAAGGUAUGUAACCUACUGAAUUUUUUUGUUUUUUGUUUUUGGCAGACGUCCUUGAGCAUUUGAGACGGAUGUGAGAGCGUUUUUAGUCCUCAUGCAAACAACAACUAAACAUAACAGAUUACAUCAGCUCAGGCUUUUCAAUUCCGGAUGGCAGCAGAGUGCUAAUCCAACCUUCAUCCUGGAUUUCACAAACUAAAACAAGGGAGGCUGGCAGGAGGACAGCACUGUCGGAUGAGGGAAAUUGACGACGGCGAAGCAUGUGGGCAACACACUUUAUAAAGCUCAUAAACUUGUAGGCUGAUGUGCAGCUACUACUUUGGAUUCCUCAUUGCUGCUUCCCUCAGCACAAAACCACAAGGCUGAACAUUAAACCUGCUCUUUGGAACUGAGCGUUUAUCACUGUGAGACAUGAAGAGCUUCCUGUUUUUCACCAUCCUCCUGGUACCAGUGCACAUCGGAACUGCAUGGAGUGCAAAAUAUGCAGUAGAUUGCCCUGAAUCUUGUGACAGUAAUGUGUGUAAAAGUACUUUGCGCUGUAAGCGAACAGUGCUUGACGACUGUGGCUGUUGCAGAGUCUGUGCAGCAGCCCUGGGGGAGACUUGCUACCGCACUGUCUCAGGUAUGGAUGGUGUCAAAUGUGGGCCUGGGCUGAAGUGCCAGUUUUACACUGAGGAGGAUGACUUUGGUGAUGAAUUUGGUAUCUGCAAAGAGUGUCCUUAUGGUACCUAUGGAAUGGAAUGCAGAAAAACUUGCAACUGCCAGUCUGGUAUAUGCGACAGAGUAACUGGAAAGUGUUUGAAGUUCCCAUUUUUCCAACUUUCUGCUUCAAGGCCACCAAACAGACGAAAAUUAAUUUCACAUACAGAGAAUGACAUGGCAUCGGGGGAUGGUAACUCUGUAAAGGAGGAAUUUGUCAAAGAGAAAGUAAUUAGCUCUCCAGUAAUGAAAUGGUUAAAUCCUCGCUGAUAUUUACUUACAUUGGUAGGACUUUCAAACGACUGCAUUUCUCACACAUUAUUGAAUAUGCAACAACACACUUUAAAAACAAAGUACAUCUAUAGCAUAUGAAAAUGUAACCUCUGAAGACCAAUUGUGAUUCUGUGCAUCAUCAGAAAAAAUGUUUACUUACAAAAUAGACUGUACAGUUUAUAUGAUUUUUUAUAUUUGUUUUGAUAAGUAUUUCAACACUGAAAUGUAUUAUGGAUUGCUGACUGUAUAGUCAUAUUGAAAACCAGUACCUCUCCCCACCAGCAUUUGAACAAUGUGUAAGGGUCCAUUCCUGCAUUUCCCAUGCAAGAAAAUUCCUGUUGAAUUCAAUGGAUGUUUUGUGUGAGUAAAAGCUGCUGACGUGGAGCCAACGUUAGGGUGAUGCAAGUUGACAAAAGCUUGGAAAGGCAGAGUUAAAAACUGAUGUCCUUGACUCACACCAGCAAGAAUAAUACUAAUGUAAAGGGCACAAUGGUGUGAAUUCAAUAAAUCAACCUUAACUAUUAAUAUUUUGGCUUUUGUUAGUUUUGUGACAAUUAACAAGAUGUAAACAUUACUUUAAGCCAGUGGUUCUCAAACUGUUGGUUGGGACCCCAUUUUAAUGGGGUUGCCAGGCCAGCAUUAGACUUGCUGCGAGCCUGGGUUGAAGCCCAAGCCCGAGCUCCACCCCGAUCCGGGGCAUCGGGACUCGGGCUCUGGCCCCCUAACCCCCACCCAGGGUGGCGGGGCUUGAGCUCCAGCCCCGUCUCCCCCCACCUGUGGCAGCGGGGCUCGGGAUCUAACCCCCACACUUCCCCUCCCCAGGUCACAUAGUAAUUUUGUUGUCAGAAGGGGGUCGUGAGGCAAUGAAGUUUGAAAACCGCUGCUUUAAACUCAUCAUUUGAACUUAUACAAUGUGCAUUACUUACCUGACAUUAUGUAAAAACACAUACAGUAUUAAAGUAUAUUCCCAAGGGUGGCUUUUGUGUUCAAUAGUCUGCAAUGGCCCUGAAGAAGUACUGGAGUAUCAGCAUAAAUAUGCAUUAUAAAUAAUCCAUGUCAGAGAUUCUGGAGACUCUAGGAUACCUUAGUGCCUAAUUCUUCAUCCCCUUCUUAGUGCCUAAACUUUCAUCCCCUUAAGGGGUUGUAGGAGUGGCCAAUUACUCAAUCAGUCCAUAUUUGGUUAUGUAUCAAUAUGGCAUAAAACAUCAUAAUGUUUAUAUAGGCACACCUUAAAACCUUCUUAUAUAAUAGCCAUUACUGCCCUUGCGCAGAAACCCAUUUGUAAAAAUCAAUACUUUGUGGUUUUUACUUAAAAAAAGAAAAAGACACAGAUCCUUAGAUAGUGUAAGUUAAUCUAGCUCUAUUUAAAUCAAAGGAACUACUUUGAUUUACAUAUCUGAGGAUCUAGCUCAUAAAAUAAAUGGGUCUAAUUGGAGACCCAGUCUGGUUUCCAUUGAAAUUAAUGGUAGUUUUGUUAUUAACUUCAGUGGGAGAAAGUGCAGGCCAUCCUAAUGGUAAUUUGGUGUAGGAUCUGAAAACGUAUGUAAAAGAACCCAAUAAAAGAAACCCGAAAUGGUUUCAGGGUUAUUAGGGACUGAUCACAGCCUAUUAAAGUCAACCUGAGUCUUUCCAUUGACUACAAUGGAUUUUGCAUUAGGCCCUAAAAGAACAAAAAUUAUAUUACAACAGGGAAUGUCUACAAAUUAAAAGCGGUUAAAUGGACAACAGUCAGAAAAAGAAACAGAAAACCAUGGCUGACAAACAACACCUUUUAGACUGGGCUAAAUUGUUGUGAUUGAAGUAGGAUUUUAAUGGAAGUGCUGUCACAAUCACAACUACAGUGGCACAAACAGUACCUCUGUAAAAUGCUGUAUUGGUUUGAAACAUUUACAAGCAUAAGGGCUGAUCCUGUGGCUACUGAUGUCAGUGACAAUUUCUACAUUGACUUCAAUGGGAACAGGGUCAGAGCCAUAUUCUUUAUUGGGCCAGAUAAAGUUAUUUAAAUGUCUUAAAUACUUACAUGCUUUUUUUUGUUAUUUCCUACAGUGUCAUGAAUGACCUUAUGGAUUCUUGAAUGUAAAUUUAAUAAGCUGGUUGGUUUUAAAAAAGUAUAUGUUUAUUAUUGUUCAAUAAAUCCCCUAUAAAACCA